AAUUAACAAAGUAUGCCUGUCAACUCAAAUGACAAGUUGGCAGUUGUAUCUGGUUUUAUAAAAUGGUUUCACUCAUGCUGCAGUUAGUAAGGUGUGACCUCAUCUCUCUUUUUUUUGACACCUGCCCACAAAUGUUCCAUUGUGGGAGUUAGAAGGUUGACUACAAAAGGUGGUAGGGGUAGUACUGCAAGACCCACUGUUCAAUUUUUACUUCUGCAUGACCAUGGUCAAUGCAUACUGUAUUAUAUUUUUCUUUCAGCUGCUCUCCCUCACUGGGGCUUCUGAGAGUGGCAUAGUGGGUGGGAAGGUUGCAAAGCCUCAUUCCAAACCCUACAUGGCAUCACUCCAGGUUCGUGGACAACAUUUAUGUGGCGGGAUACUUAUUCGUGAAGACUUUGUUCUAACUGUAGCACACUGCAAAAGAUCUGAGCCCAUGACGGUGGUACUUGGUGCACAUGACAUAAGCAAGAACGAGAAAAGUCAGCAAAGGAUCCAAGUGGCUAAGUACCAUCCACAUCUGGAAUACACUGGACAACACAAUAAUGAUAUCAUGUUGUUAGAGUUAGAAAAAAAUGCCACACUGAAUAACUAUGUCAAGACCAUUGGACUACCUAAGAAAAUUGGGAAAAUCCCAGCCAACAUAAACUGCGUCGUUGCUGGCUGGGGCCGAACUGGAGUCAAUAUGCCUGCCUCACACGUACUGAAGGAGACCACGGAGAAGAUGCAAUUCAGCUUUGAGUGCAAAAAUAAAUGGAAAGAAUAUUUCUAUUCUGACCAAAUGAUAUGCACCAAAUUUGAAAAAAAUAAGGGAGGGGUUUGCCAGGGUGAUUCCGGUGGACCACUUAUCUGCAACAGCAAGCCACAGGGUUUAACAGCUUUUACCUAUCUUUGUGAUUGUAAUAAUCCAGAGUAUCCCCAUGUCUUCACUAAAGUCGAUUUCUUUCUCCCCUGGAUUAAGAAAAUGAUGAAAUGAUUGGGGAACGUUGCAAGAACCCCUGUUUAGAGGCCAAUAAUGUUGUUUGUUCUUCAUUUGCUAAUUAAAUAACAGCAAACAUUUGGAGAAUUAGUGGGC